UUCUCAGUAAUGGCAUCAGCUCUACCUAGGACCCUGGGGGAGCUGCAGCUGUACCAAAUAUUACAAAAAGCCAAUCUUCUUUCUUAUUUUGAUGCCUUUAUCCAACAAGGUGGUGAUGAUGUCCAGCAGCUGUGUGAAGCCGAUGAAGAGGAGUUUUUGGAAAUCAUGGCCCUAGUGGGCAUGGUUAGCAAGCCCCUUCACGUCAGAAAGUUACAGAAGGCUUUACAGGACUGGGUUACAAACCCUGGCCUUUUUAAUCAGCCUCUUACUUCCUUGCCUGUCAGUAGCAUCCCCAUUUAUAAAUUACCAGAGGGCUCGCCUACAUGGUUGGGAACAUCCUGUAGUUCUUACGAGGGGAACAGCAAUGCUCAGGAACCUCAUUUGAAGAUUCCAAAAUGUGCUGCUACUACACGUGUGCAGAGCCUGGGGCCAGGUAAAUCAGAUGUUGUGGGGACCUUAGUGCUACAGAGUGCCGGUGACUCAAGACUUUGCCAAGGUCACCACACUACAGAAAGCGAACACAGCCUCUCCCUAGCAGACCUUGGCUCCCCAGCCUCACCAAAGGAAAGCACGGAGACCCUAGAUGCAGCUGCUGCUCUGUCUGUGGCUGAGUGUGUGGAAGAAAUGGUCCCCACGCUUCCCAAAAGUGACUUGAAUGAAGUGAAAGAAUUGCUGAAAACCAACAAGAAAUUGGCUAAAAUGAUUGGCCACAUCUUUGAGAUGAAUGAUGACGAUUCACAUAAGGAGGAGGAGAUUCGGAAGUAUAGUGCAAUAUAUGGGAGGUUUGACUCGAAAAGGAAAGAUGGCAAACAUUUCACACUUCAUGAGGUGACUGUUAAUGAAGCAGCUGCUCAGCUCUGUGUAAAAGAUAAUGCCCUUCUGACAAGAAGAGAUGAACUCUUUGCCCUUUCUCGGCAGAUUUCUCGGGAGGUCACCUACAAGUGCACUUACCAAACAACCAAGUCUAAAUAUGGAGAAAGAGAUGAAUUAUCCCCCAAGAGAAUUAAAAUGGAAGAUGGGUUCCCAGAUUUCCAGGAUACUGUGCAGACCCUUUUCCAGCAGGAUGCUGUAAAAGUUCAGUUAGCAUUGGCUAAAGCUAAAGGUGAAGAAUUUGCAGCUUUUAAUUCACAGCAGCCUGAAAAGGUGAUGGCAAAACAGAUGGAGUUCCUUUGCACCCAAGCUGGUUAUGAGAGACUACAACAUGCUGAAACACGAUUGUCUGCAGGGCUUUACCAGCAGAGCUCAGAGGAGCACAGUCCAAAUGGCUUAAUAGCAGAUAAUUCUCACAGACAAGUAGGAGAAAGACCCUUGAAUCUCUGAAUGUCCAGUCUACAAAACAGAGAGCCUCCACAUUUUGUUAUGGAUGGGGACCUGAGCAGACUUUAUUCCAGUAAUGAGGCCAAGUCUCAGUCAUCAGAAAGCCUUGGGAUUUUAAAAGAUUUUCCUCACUCAGCUUUAAACUUAGAAUGGAAAGUCAUAAAAACAGAGCCUGAAGAUACAAGAUAGCCAUGAUUCUCCCACUGUA